CGGGGGCGGGGCGGGGCGGGGCGGAAGGCAGGGGCGGGCUCGGGGCGGUUGGUUGGAGCGUCGCAGCAGCCGAGAGGUCCGGGAAAGUUUCUUUGGAGGUGCGGCCGGGAGCGGCCAUGUCCCACGGCCCCAAGCAGCCCGGCACGGCCGCCGCGCCGGCGGGCGGCAAGGCUCCGGGCCAGCAUGGGGGCUUCGUGGUGGCUGUCAAGCAAGAGCGCGGCGAGGGCCCGCGGGCCGGCGAGAAGGGGUCGCACGAGGAGGAGCCCGUGAAGAAGCGCGGCUGGCCCAAGGGCAAGAAGCGGAAGAAGAUCCUGCCAAACGGGCCCAAGGCACCUGUCACGGGCUACGUGCGCUUCCUGAACGAGCGCCGAGAGCAGAUCCGCACGCGCCACCCGGACCUGCCCUUCCCCGAGAUCACCAAGAUGCUGGGCGCCGAGUGGAGCAAGCUGCAGCCGGCGGAGAAGCAGCGGUACCUGGACGAGGCCGAGCGGGAGAAGCAGCAGUACAUGAAGGAGCUGCGGGCGUACCAGCAGUCAGAAGCCUACAAGAUGUGCACGGAGAAGAUCCAGGAGAAGAAGAUCAAGAAAGAGGACUCGGGCUCCGGGCUCAUGAAUACGCUCUUGAAUGGACACAAGGGUGGGGACUGCGACAGCUUCUCCACCUUCGACGUCCCCAUCUUCACUGAAGAGUUCUUGGACCAAAACAAAGCGCGGGAGGCGGAGCUGCGGCGCCUGCGGAAGAUGAAUGUGGCCUUCGAGGAGCAGAACGCGGUGCUGCAGCGGCACACGCAGAGCAUGAGCAGCGCGCGCGAGCGCCUGGAGCAGGAGCUGGCGCUGGAGGAGCGGCGCACGCUGGCGCUGCAGCAGCAGCUCCAGGCCGUGCGCCAGGCGCUCACCGCCAGCUUCGCCUCGCUGCCCGUGCCCGGCACGGGCGAGACGCCCACGCUCAGCACGCUGGACUUCUACAUGGCCCGGCUGCACGGCGCCAUCGAGCGCGACCCCGCCCAGCACGAGAAGCUCAUCGUGCGCAUCAAGGAGAUCCUGGCCCAGGUCGCCAGUGAGCACCUAUGAGGGUGUCGGCGGCCCCGGGAUGCAGAGAAGACCAAGUUCUGUGGCAGCCCCUUCCCCACCCCCACCCCAUGGAGGAGGGGCGGGGGCCACCCUUUGGGGCCAGGCCCGAUCCUGCACCUUGGGGGCUCUAGCCCCCCCUAAAAUUAAAUUUCUACAGCGUCUUUCUAGCCUCCCACCUCCCCAGCACCGCAACCUAGGAAAACCAGCCGCCGUGCACGACACACACACAACCCUUGGCUCCAGGGCCGGGCCGGGCCGGCUCACCCCCCGGGGCACGUCACACUACAGGGACCUAGGGACACCACACGCGGGCAGUGUAACCGGGACACAAGGGGACCCACGGCGGCUCCCACACCCGGUCACACGCUACACAGCUCUCGAGGACCUGUCCCAGACACCAGGCAGGGGAGACCCCCGCCCGAGACACCAGGACUCCCGGCAGGUGCCCACCACAGGUACCCCCACACGGACAGGCACACUGCAGGGACACGCUUGCACACUCGGGGGGCCCUCCGCCUGCACCCCGGAAUGGGGGGGUGGGACUGAGCAUCCCGCCCUCACCCAGCCGAGGGACCCUCCUGGAGCGGCCUUUUGCCACCACCUAAUCCGGACUUUUAAAAUAAAAAGUGGAAUUUCAGUUUCAA